AUGUCGUCCCAACGUCCAAACCUUCAGGUCAUGACAAAUCUCGAGUCUGCUCAACCUCAAGACCAUCUCAUCCAAGCAAUCGCAUCAACCCUUUCCAUUCCCCUCGACGAUAUCCUUCUAUUCGAUUCCUUCGCCGAAUUAGGCGGCGAUCAAGACACCGCACAACAAGUCUGUCUCGCUUGUCGAAGCAAGGGUUUGGAUGUUAGCGGCAAAGACAUCCUGACUUGUCCUACUCUAGCCGAGCUACAGACGCGCAUUACGCCGCGCGGGUUGAGUAUUUCCUCAUGCAGCGACGACUCGGGAGGUACUUUUUCGAGUGAUGAGUUGUCCGACAACAGCAACACGCAGGGAGAAACAGAAGAAACAACAAGCGGCGGUAGGGCUGCAGGGGCUGUGGAGUCUAAUUUGUCGAGCUUACGGCUGUCAUUUCCCACCGUCAGCGACCGCCUAGCCUGCUGCUACAUGGUCCUUACCCCCAGAGCAGGCCCAUUUGACGGUCAAUCAGUAGCUCUUAUUAGGAUCGACUCUGUCUCUGGGUUUUCAUCAGAAAACAACACUCUAUCAGCAAACGAGUUCCAUCUCGCAAAGUCGCAGAUUUCUCUCUUGCGUAUGGAACACGACCCCAAAAUCUGGAUCCCAAUUGAUCACUCCCAAAACAAAAGGGCGCUGCAAACAUGGGUGCAGAAUAUGGAUUCGCUUACUUACAAGGAGGUCAUGAAGCUUCAGAUUCCCGCACGUCGCAGUCGUGUCAUCACGAGAAGGAGGAGUAACUUGUCGCCUAUGGAUAUCCAUGAAUUGGAAGGGUUUUCUCUUUCGCCUAUGCAACAACUUUAUUUGCAGGGUAAUGGCGACACAAUUGAGGGGACGUGGACGAGGAGUGCUAUUCUCAAUGUUCAAGGCGGUGCGGAACCGGUUGAUGUUGACGCUGCUGUUGAUGCAGUCGUGGCAAGACAUUCCAUGCUCAGAGUCAGAUUUCGGCAAACUGAGGGAAAAUGGGAGCAGUGUAUUUUGCCUGCGGCGCCGAGUUCGUAUCUACUUACGCAUCAUGUUGAUACCCCUGAGGAUGAGAUACGCGACUUGAUUGACGAUAUGGAAGCGAGCAUUCAUCCUACCGAAGGACCUGCUUUUGCGGCAAUGUACGUCCAUAACCAGGAGAGACAAAUUCUGUACCUUGCAGCACACGAAUUAGCUCUGGACGAUGUAUCGUGGAAGAUUGUGCUGAGCGAUUUGGACGAGCUGCUCCAAAAAGGAACCCUUUUGUCCGAAGGAUCGGCAUCGUUUAAGUACUGGACAAAAUGUCAGGGUCGACAGAUGGCACAAAGGUUAUUCGAGCCAACGCUUCCUUUUGAAGUGUAUUCCGCCAAUUUGGAGUACUGGGCUCUCACACAAGAACUCAACACUUUUGGAAACUCAUCACGAGUGUCAUUCAAUCUAUCUCCCGAGCAAGCGUACUCUUUGGAACAAUCGUCUGCUCAAGUUUUAAGAACAGAUGUUUCCGACAUCUUCUUGGCUGCGCUGUUACUAUCCUUCUGUCAAGUAUUCCCAGAGAGAAAUCUACCGACGUUGUGGAAGCGAGAGAAUGGAAGAGAUGGCGCAGAGAGCGAGUUUAACAUUUUAGAAACCGUUGGAUGGUUCGCUUCACUAUGUCCAAUCGGCGUAUCCAUCGAUUCAGAAACGGAUUUGAUUCAAGUCAUUACUUUACUCAAGGACACACGCAGGGCUAUACCAAGAUUUGGUGUUCCAUUCUUUACAUCUGAAUUCGCAACAAGUCAAAGCGCAGCAACGAACAUCCCCCUCGAAAUCGUCUUCAAGUUGGUCAACACUGCAAAACAACUCCAGCGUCAGAAUGGUUUGUUUGAACCAGUCGCAGCUAAAGGCCAAAUAGCAGGUCUCAAAAGCACCGCAGGACCUAAUAUUGGACGGAUCGCUUUAUUCGAAAUCUCUGCGGCGUUGGGUACAUCCGGAGCGCAAAUCGAUAUUGUGUAUAACAAUACGUGCAGGUAUCAGGAUAAAAUUCAGGCUUGGAUUCGGACUUUUGAGUAUCAUGUUCACGACGCUGUUACAAGAUUGAGGACUCACAAACCGCAACUUACACUCUCCGACAUUCCCCUCCUUCAAACAAGUUAUCAGUCUCUUGGACGUCUUUGCUCAAAUCGACGUGUUAAUGUCAAGGAUAUCGAGACGAUAUACCCUGUGACACCAGCUCAGCAGGAAAUCCUCAUCGCACAAGCGCAAAACACAGGGUCAUAUCACUGCCAUGCUUUUUACGAGAUGACUGCCCUUCAACUCCCCGUCGAUGUAAAUCGAUUGUGUGAAGCGUGGGAAGUCAUAGUGUCUAAUACACCUGCUUUGAGGAGUAUUUUCAUCGACGCUGUUUCACGAGAGGGAUUAUUCGACCAAGCUGUUCUCAGAAAGAUAUCACCAAGUAUCUUGUUCAUCGAAACGACGGACCCGGAUGAUGCUGUGGCUACGUUGCCAGUCAUGAAUACACCUUUUGGAGAACCGAGACAUCGUUUGGCAGUGUGUUAUAACCCUAUGAAGAUGGUUAUGAGACUUGACGCAAGCCAAGCAAUCUGCGACUUGCCGAGUCUACAUCUUCUCAUCGCAGAACUAACACGCGUCUUCUCCUCGCAAAACCCUCAAGACAACUCUUCUCUGAACAACACAUAUCUUCACCAAAUCUCCUCCAUCGACACAGCCUACAGUCUCGAAGUUUGGAAAACAAGUCUCUCAAACGCCAAACCCUGCAUCUUUCCAUCCUUAUCAACAAAUACCUCCCACACGUCUCCCUAUGACUUUGACAUCUCGCGAACUCAGAUCGAAUUCUUCUGCGAACAGAACAAUAUCGCUGCAGAGGCUAUAUUCCAACUUGCUUGGGCCCUUGUCCUGCGCGCAUUCGUCGGUACACAAGAAGUUACAUUCGGCUACCAAUUCAACGCACGCGACGAAGAUCUCCUUUGUGGAAUUACAUCUCUGGUUGGAAGUUUUGCCACGAUCCUACCUUGUGUUGUAGACUUUUCUGCGUCACAGUCUUUGGAAGAAUGUCUUAUUUCUAUGAAUGAGACUUUUUCGAAUGCAAAGAAGCACGAUAAUAUCACUUUGGCGGAAAUACAACAUGUGUUGGGUCUGAAGGAAAAGACACUCUUCAAUACUUGUCUUUACUUUCAGGCUCCGGAUGAUCUUGACACGGGCGAUGAAUUGACUGCUUCGUUGGUUACUUCUGGUCGCAAGACGGAUUGUGAUGUUAGUCUUACGCUGAUGUUUGUCGAUGAGUAUCUUCGUGGGGACUUGACAUCGCCAUGUCUUUCUCCGACGCAGGUUCAAAGUGUUAUGAACAGUUUUCACGCAGCGCUAUACCACAUCCUCACCAGUCCUGAUAAAUCCAUCGUUGAAGCAGAUCUUCUCACAGAUAAGGACUAUGCUUCCUUGGUUGUUCAAGACUGGGAAUUGGUACAGCAGUCACAAAAGGUUUCUGGUUGUUUACACGAUGUUGUUCUUCAGCACAGUCUUACCAGACCUAACGCUCCGGCUGUGUGUUCAUGGGAUGGCGAUAUUACAUAUGUUCAACUCGCAACGCUUGUACAGCGACUAAAGACAUAUCUCGUCAACCUCGGAGUUGGUCCCGGAACUGUUGUCCCUGUUGUUUUGGAAAAGAAUCACUGGGCACCUGUUAUUAUCCUCGCCGUUCUUCAAGCAGGCGCUAGUUUUGCACCGCUUGAUUGUCAAGACCCUGCGACCGCAAGAUCAACCAUUGACUACCUUAAUCCACAUGUCGUUCUCGCCACAGAAACUGCUUGGAAGGAUUUGAGUACUCUGGCUAUUAACUUGGUCAUCAUCAACGAUACAUUCUUCGCCAUGCUUACACCAUACGUGUCAGCUAUUGGCAAGGACGUUACUCCCGACCAUGCAGCAUGCAUCUUUGUCACGCCCAAGAAAUCAAGGAGUAUCUUUUUUACUCAUGCUUCUCUCCUAUCAACUUUUAUCGCCCAAGCCCAACCCUUCAAACUCACAAGCGAAAGCCGCGUUCUACAACUCUCCGCCUUUAACGUCGAUAUUUCCCUUGUGGAAAUCCUCGGUACACUUGUUCAUGGUGGAUGUGUCUGUGUUCCUCAUCCUCAUGACAGAGCACAUGAUGUAGCUGGUGCAAUGGCACGUAUGGAUGUGACUUGGUCAUACAUGACAAGUCUUCUCGCGCGAAAGAUCAACCCUGAUUCAGUACCCAGUCUAAGAACUCUAUGCUUUCGCACAAGAAGACUUGAUCCAGAUACGUACAUGCCCUGGCUUGAGGACCAUGAUGUUUUGGUCGCGUAUGGCGCACCGGAUAUUUGUCCCCUGGGCAUUUCCGUGACUAAAGUCACAAAGGAGAGUAAUCUCAAUGUUAUCUCACCACCAGUCACAGGCAGAUUCUGGGUUUUGAAUCCUGAGAAUCCCAAGAAACUCAUGCCUGUUGGUGCAAUCGGCGAGUUAGCCAUUGACAGUCCUCUCGCUACACCUCAUCACUUCGCGUUGGAUAAACCCCUCCUCGCACCAGAGACAUGUUCAUCACCAGAUGAAAAACCUCGCGCGCGGUAUCUAAAAACAGGGCAUCGCGUACGUUAUCUCGAUGAUGGAACAGUCCAAUUCAUUUCCAGCGUGCGCGAUGAAGUCAAAGUCAGUGGAUCAAACGUCGAUGUCGCUCAAGUCGAACAAAUCAUGCGGCGCUGUCUCGGUACAGGAAUCGACGUGGUAGUAGAUUCUAUAACUACCCGCGAUUCAGGACCUUUGCUAGCUGCCUUCCUCGAACUUGGACCUCAGGCAUUCCAGCAACACGAAACAUUGCGGGAUCUCAGUCCUGAAACGAAAGAAAAGACGUACAUCGCCAAGAAAAUGUUCGAAACAGCCCUUGAGAGUUCCUCUGCGAGGGAUCGUCUUCCAAGAUACUGUAUACCCUCAGUCUUUAUCCCCGUUCGGUCCUUUCCCAUGUCUACCUCUCUUAAAGUCAACAGGAGAAAAUUACAGCGCAUGGUAUCUGAUCUCUCAACACAUGAUGUUCUACACAUGUCCCGCGUUCCCAAUCCAGGCGAGAUCCAGCGCAUUAUCAUCUCACAGAAACCUCUCCCCAUGACUGGUCCCGAAGAAACCAUGCGCGAACACUGGGCGAGCAUAAUCGGCAUUUCCGUCUCUGCAAUCAAAAGUUCCAGCAGCUUCUUCUCAGUUGGCGGAAACAAAUUCCUCGCUGCUCAAUUAGUCGUUACAUGUCGAAAAGCAGGUCUUUACCUCUCUUUGACAGAUCUUCUCAGCGGAGCAAGUCUUACAGAGAUAUGUCGCUCGUCAGAGUCAUCUACUCGCAAACAAACUAAGAUCAAAACACUUGCUGCGAAGAAACUUGAUAUGAGAUUUGUCAAGGAUGUCAUUGUGCCUCAACUUCACUGCUCAAGUCCAGAUGUUCUUGACUUUGCUGAAGCAUCUUCGCAGCAAGUACAAGGUCUUGAGUUGGGUAUGUUUAGGACACGCGCGGAUAUAGUCUGUCUUGCGCUUCGCUUUAAUGGUCCUGUUGAUCCAUCUCGUCUCGAAACAGCGUGUAGAUCUCUUGCGAAGAUGCAUGCUAUCCUCAACGUGGCAUUUGUCACACACGAACAUCGACUGUAUCAAGUCCACUGCGCUUCCUCCACGCCUCCUUUCAUGACAAUCUCGUGUCCCCCUGGCUCUCUCGACGACGCAACCCAAAACAUCAUCAAAGAGAACCAGAACUUAUCAUUCGAUCCUACAGUCCCUGUUACAAAAUUCACCUUUUUGAACAGUGAUUCACAAGGCUCUUUGGUAAUUCGUCUAAGCAAGACACAAACCGACGAUGUAUCUGCCCAUCUUCUCAUCCACGAUCUAGCAUCUCUAUACGACGGCGAUUCAACGCAGGAUAUUCCUCGGUCUUCAUAUCUGGAUUACACGCGCGCUUCGAGGGUAUCUUACCAACAAGGCCUCGAAUACUGGAACUGCCAACUCGACAAUGCAAAAAUGACAAAGAUCAUCGCGUCAACCCGUCCCACCCCUCCAGCAUCAGUAUCCGAAAUCAGAACCCUCAAACAAACAACUUCUCUAGGCCAUCUCGCUCCCUACGGAAUGACACCCGACGCAGCUCUCAAAGCAGCAUGGGCUAUUGUCCUAUCUACUAUCUCCAGCACCCACGACGUUCUCUUUGGCGAAGCAAUCCAAUGUCAAUCUCCCAGUCCCGAUAUCAUCGGUCCCAUGUCCAAUAUUCUUCCUGUUCGUGUACAAUUCCCGACAAGUCAUAGUACACCUCUCGACUUGAUGAACUGUAUCCAACUCCAGCGCCAAUCUCACGCACGCUAUGAAACCUUUGGGAUCCAGGAACUCGUUAGUAAAUGCACGCCCUGGCGCUCCUGCACGAGAUUUAGUACAAUCGUACAGAACUACGUUCCUGGUUUACUAGAUGGUUCUUCAACGAUGAAUGUCCACGGCGCGACAUUUACGUAUCGCAUGAUAGAAUCCUGGACAAAAGACUUUCCAGAUCUUUUCGUCAGGUCAACAGUUGAAGCGAAUGAUUGUGUAACCCUCGAGAUCAAAUACUCUGAAGAACGACUCCCUCACUCUUUCGCGCAAUCAUGUCUGAGUCUUCUUGUGGCAGCUUGGGAAACGCUUACACAUCCUGACAUGAUCCAUCAACCGAUGGUACACUCCUCUGAAGAAAUCGCCCGUUCAGAGCGCAAGAUUCCCUUCCCUGCGAGGUCAUCCCCUCCCGUUGAAUCCCAUCUCAACAGCGCGCAACGAGAGAAACUGCAAGAAUCUAUUGUCAGUGUAUGGACGAAAGUAAUAAACCCAUCACCUUCCAUCCCAAAGAAUAAACUCCCCAGCACCCCAUUCUACAGCAUCUCACAAACAGUCCUCCCUGCUCACACUCUCGCUUCUGAGCUCAACAACACACUCUCUCUAAAUCUCACCACAGAGGAUAUCAUCGCUCAUCCAAGCAUGAACGCCCAGCUAGAUCUCAUAGCAGGCGCACUCCCACCCAAACACGAAAGCCUAUCUUCACUCCUCCACCUAAAGACCAAACCCGCUCCAGACCGAUCUCUACGCGCCAGUCUCCGCAGUUUCAAGAACAGAAACAGCAUGCUGAGUCUACGAACAAGUUGGAUAAAGCCCAAACGCGCCCCAUCAGAAAUUUCUGAUGAAACACCCUCUACAAUCAUGGAAGAAACACCCCUAUCUCCCAUCCCGACAAUUGUGAUUCCUGAGAUAGGAUCAUCAGAUACACCUGUGAGCAUAAACCAUCAUUUGGUUGAGCUAGAUGCUGGACCAGUUUAUCUAAACCCAAUUCGAAGUAUGAGUGAUCGGAGAAGUAGCGGUGGUUCGUCAAGGAUGGUUAUUGAUGAAGUCAGCUGUACGCCUCCGUCAAGAAUGUCGACGUGGGGAAGUAAAUUUGAGCUACCAAGAAAAACGUCACCUUUGGCACGAAGAUGA